CCCGCUCGGGGGAGGGAGCACCCUGCCGGUCUCCUAGGUCCGGGAGCGCUGGGCUCCUCCCCCUCGGUGCCCACACCUGGCGGUGGGGCGUGCCUCAGUUUCCUCCACCUCGGCCCCUCCCCUUUUUUCUUUUCUUCCUCUUUGGGUCGCUGGUGGCAGCGCGUCGAGCACUCCCGGAACUGAAGCCCGGCGCCGGACGAUUGGGAGGCGGGGGCCACGUCAGCGGGGCGGCGGGGGGCUCCGCGGGCCGGCCGGCUGAGCCAUGCGGCGGGGCGCGCUCCUGGCGGGCGCCCUGGCAGCAUACAUCGCGUACCUGGUGCUGGGCGCGCUGCUGGUAGCCCGGCUGGAGGGGCCGCACGAAGCCCGCCUCCGAGCCGAGCUGCGGAUGCUGCGCCAGCAGCUGCUGCGGCGUAGCCCGUGUGUGGCCGCCCCCGCCCUGGACGCCUUCGUGGAGCGGGUGCUGGCGGCCGGACGGCUGGGGCGCGCCGCGCUUGCCAAUGCCUCCGGGUCUGCCAACGCCUCGGACCCCGCCUGGGACUUCGCCUCGGCUCUCUUCUUCGCCAGCACGCUGGUCACCACCGUGGGCUACGGGUACACGACGCCACUGACCGACGGGGGCAAGGCCUUCUCCAUCGCCUUUGCGCUCUUGGGCGUCCCAGUCACCAUGCUGCUGCUGACCGCCUCGGCCCAGCGCCUGUCGCUACUGCUCACCCACACGCCCCUGUCCUGGGUGAGCCAGCGCUGGGGCUGCACCCCCCGGAAGGCAGCCCGCUGGCACCUGGCCAUCCUGCUGGGGGUCACGGUGACCGUCUGCUUCCUGGUGCCAGCCGCCAUCUUUGCCCACCUUGAGGAGGCCUGGAGCUUCCUGGACGCCUUCUACUUCUGCUUCAUCUCUCUGUCCACCAUCGGCCUGGGUGAUUACGUGCCGGGAGAGACCCCCGGCCAGCCCUACCGGGCCGUCUACAAGUUGUUAGUCACAGUCUACCUCUUCCUGGGCCUGGUCGCCAUGGUGCUCUUGGUGCAGACUUUCCGCCGUGUGUCUGACCUUCACAGCCUCACAGAGCUCAUCCUGCUGCCCACUCCGUGCCCCACCAGCUUCGCAGAGGAAGAUGACCGGGUGGACAUCCUGAGCCCCGAGCCCGAGCCACACCAGCAGCUCACCGCCGGCUCGCACGUGGACUACGCCUCCAUCCCCAGGUAGCUGGGGCAAGUGUCAGGUCAGCUGCAGACCAGGCCUGCGGCUGAGGGGCCCUCAGGACUGGAACCGAUGGACUGGCCUGUCUACAAGCACACCCUGGUGUUCCUGAGGCCCUGUCUCCACUGUCUGCCCUUUGUCUGACCGGCCUGAGCGCCGCCCAGAUCCAGGAAGCAGCACUGCCUUGUUUCCCCUGCCCCUCCUCCCGCCUCCCCGCACACUCUGCUUCCCUGACUUUCUCACUGACUUUAUAUUUCUCAGUCUUUGCCUUGUGCCAUCUGCCUCUUUCACCCGAGUAGCCACUCAUCACCUGCUGAUUCUCCCAGGCUCUGGGCUCAGACCUCAUUUCAGGUGCUAGAUUGAUCACUUCACCUCGGGCCAGUGACUGGCCCCCUCUGAGCCUUGAUUCACCUCUUGGGUCAAGUGGGAAGAAUAUAUUCCCUCAUUCAAAACUCCCUCCUCUGUGCCAAUCCAUGCUGGGCAGUGCUGGGGCCACCACAGUGUUCCAGAUGCUCUGGGCCCUGCUCUCAUGGGGCUUGCUGUCCUGUCUCCCAUACAGUGACAAUUCAUAACAGGCAGGACUUCGUUAGUGGGGGCAGGGGAAGGUGCAGAGUGGUCAGGGCUGGGGUAGAGGAAGCAUAGGGAAUGUACCCAAUCCAGCCGGGAAGGUCAGGGAGGGCUUCCUGGAGGAAGGGGCAACUGCACGCAGACCUGAAAUCUGAAGAGUAGUCAGUCUGGGGAAGAAGGUGUACCUGACUCAUUUUCCUCCAGUGUGUCCAGGGAGCUAGACAUAUUUGGAUAUGCCUGGGGUAGGCCUGCAUAAUAGAGUCUUCCAGGAAGCUGAGACGGGAUCCUAGUCCAGUAUGGAAGGUACUGCUUUUAGUGAGACACCAUCGUAACAGCUGUUCCUGUUUACCAAGAACUAAUUACAUUAUGUCCCCUGGGCUCUGGAGCCAGCUUGUGUCUGUGUUAGUCGCUCAGUUGUGUCCGACUCUUUGCAACCCCAUGGACUGUAGCUCACCAGGCUCUCCUGUCCAUGGGAUUCUCCAGGCAAGGAUAUUGGAGUGGGUUGCCAUGCCCUUCUCCAGCUGGAGCCAGCCUGUCUGGGCUCAAACCCAACUCAGCAGUGUCCUGCCUGUGUCUUUGGGUGGUCAUUUUGCCCCUAUUUCCUCAGUUUCUUCAUCAGUAAAAUGGCAAUAAUGAUAGUUCAAAAGAUGGUUUCACAGAGCCUGCCAUGUUAUUCUGGGAUGAUCUCUUUGGCUAGGCCCUGUUCUGGGUACUUUACACAUGAGGAAGAUAAUGUAGUAUUAUCAUUGGAUGUGGGCACAUUGUAAGUGUCCUUAAAUGAACAUCUUGGGAACUUGGCUUCUUUCUUGAGGGCACUAGAGAGCCAUGGAAGGGAUUUGAGCAGGAGAGGGCCAUGGUUAGAUUUGGGCUUUUGCUGCUGUGUGUUUGUGGGGUGGCGGGGGGGAGGCUGGGUGCCUAGGGGAGGCUGGGGCAGGAAUGAAGCAGGAGACAAUGGGACUGGGUGAGGCUGAGAGAAGGGGAGGAGGGGGCAAGUCAAGGUAUGCUCAGAAGGCCAGGUGGACGGGCCAUAAGGCUUACAGACUUGGGAGGGACAAGGCCAGGGGAAGGUCCAACAAUGCUCAGCUGCCCCCGAGGUUGGGGACCUGUGAGAAAACAAAUUUGUAGGGAGAUGUUGAGGCUUGUUUGGAAUGGUGGCUGUGAAGGGCUAAAGGGACACCCAGGAGAAGAAAGCAGGAAGUCACAGGACCCUCGGAGCAAGGACUUAGGGGGUGGUUGAGGCUGCAGACAGAUGAGGAAACCAAGACUAUCAAGGUGGGUGGGAAUCCCCUGGGUGGGAAUGAAGAGAAGACCAGCCUUGAGAAAUCAGCCAUAGGGUAUAUAUCAGUAAGGAAGGAUUUGGGUUGCAAGUAACACAAUCCUGACUGGCACUGACUGAAGCAGUGAGAUGGUUGUAUAUUGUAUAUCACCCAAGUUGGAGAGAUCUCUGGGUAUGAUACAGUUCACAACUCCAACAGGGUCUUGUGUUCCUUGAUUCCCUCUCUGCUCUAUUACCCUCAGCUGAAGGCUUGGCUCCCACAUGGGCUCUCCUCAUGGCCACAAAGUGGCUGCCACAGGUCCAGGCAUCACAGAAAGACAUGUUAAUUUUUAGUGCAAGAAGAGGGAAAGGGGUGUGUCUUCCCAUGGUGCCUCUUUGGAAAGAAGGAAACCUUUUCCCAGUGUCUCCCAGCAGACUUCCUCUUCCCAAUCAUUGACCAAAAUUGGCUCCUGAGUCAAUCAUCGGCCAGAGUGAUCAUGGCAUCACUAUGAUUAGCUUGAAUUCCUCAGGAUUCCCCCUGCCACCAGGGACUGAGGCUGGGGCUGAGGUUUUAGUUUGCAGGCUGGUAAAUACUUGAACAAAACUGGGCUUAUAUUAGAAAGGCAGAAAGUUGGGAGAAUGGGAGCUAUCAACAAACUAGUCAGCCAGGAUGAUGAUGUAUAAUUAUGCAGGUAGGGACCUGCAUAAGGGUUGCCUGGAGGGCAGGGUGGAAACAACUUGGAGCUGAAGUUCAGGGCUGAAUAUGCCCAAAGGGGACUUCUUUUUCUUUUUUUUCAGGGGGGACUUCUUUUUCUAAUUAACAUAGUCCCAUAUGAUGAGCAAUGACCCCUCAACCAAAGAGAAGAACUUACAAAAGAGGCAGAAAGGAAGUUCAAGAGAGGAGUAGGAAAACCAGGAGAGUGGGAAAUAUUGGUGAGAGUUGAGAGACUCUUAAAAAGGGAAAAGUCAACAUUGUCAAAUGAUGCUAAGAAGUCACACAAAAUCAUUUUAAUAACACAAGAGAGAACACUUAUAUAGGAUUUACUACCUGCCAGGCACUGUUCCAAGCUCUUGAUACACCAGAAUUUAUUUUAUGCCCUCAGCAACUCUGUAAGUCAUGUAGAGUCUCCAUAUUGCAGAUGAGGACAGGAGGCCCAGAGAAGUUAUAUAACUUAUCCAAGAUCACACAGGAAGUGCAAGACUGAGAUUUAGAUGAGGAUCUUUGUUUUUUUGGUCACCUUGCCACAUGGAGGCUCAGAAAUAUCCACUAUCUAGUUCUUUCUCAGUCUCCCAGCCUUCCUGGCUCCUCAGCACAGUUGAUGACCCUGCUGCUAAAGUCAGCAGCUGGGUGAGAGGCAGUUACUUGAGGGAGGAAGGUGCCUGUGUGAUCUGGCUUCUGCUCCCCACCACUUCUCCUUCCAAAUUCCUUCCUCUAAAAGAAACCAGGCCCUGCUCAUUUCAGAUACUUUAAAAAAAAAAAGUGCACACUUAAAGAUGGAAAAAGUAGAAGAAUAUUCAAUAGAAAUGUCUUUCUCCUGUAUGUGGGCUGUGAUGAUAGAUUUUCUCAGGUCUCCUAGGCAUGUACCAGCAAUAUACCUGUGUGUAUACGUGUGUCAUUAAUUUUUUUUCUUUCACUUUGCAAAAGUGGUACUGAAUGGUGGGGUAAUUACAAUCACAGACUCUGGAGGCAAAGUCCCUUGGUAUAAAUCUGAACUCUGUCAUUCCCAAGUCUGUGGUUUUGGGCCACUCAUUUCACCUUCCUGUGCUGUUCGCCAAUCCGUGAAAUGGUAUAACAGCACCUACCUCGUGGACUUGUUGGAGAAUUAAGCAAUAUCUGUAAAGCUCUUAGAAUACUGUCUGGUGCUCAAUAAAAUAUUGGCUCAUUUCUGCACCA